AUGAUGGCAUUUUCAAAUAGAGCAAACGGAGGGUCGCCAGGGGCCCCCACGCAAACCUUAUUCCUGGAAGCUAAUGCCGCGGGAGAGGCUCCCGCGCUCGACGAAUUGGAGCUAUUAAAUGGUCAUCUUACAGAAGAAACCAAGACGGCGGAUUUUUCCGAGUCUACCAGCGAAGUCGCUGUGCCUCUGGAGAGGCGUCACCUCGUCAGGAGUCGAAGGACGCAUCAGACUGCCCGUCGGAAGCGUGCAGCAGCUGCGGUACCCCCUGUAGUAUCAGCCGUGCUGCUGGCCACCACACUCGUGGUUUUAGCCUCGGGUUUCAAGAUGCUAUUCUCACGCGUCUCCUCCGCUGCAGAUUCCCUAAUUGAUACACUCCCUGCUGCGCCUGAGGAGAUCCAAGAGCAUGUGGAUAAAACAUUGCGACAGAUCGAAAGGUUGAUGUUGGACGACUUCAACAAGCGAUAUCUCGACGCGAACGGUGGAGCCGCACGGAUGGCGCUUCAGAGUGAGAUGAGACGGAUCAGAUCAUUAGUGCGCAGUGAAGAUAUGUCUGACGAGAUGUACGGCAUGGCAAUGGAGCAAGCAAAUGCGUUACAAGCGGAGUUCCUGUGGAAAGCGGCGAGCACAGAAUAUCGACGGAUGGCAGCAAUGGUCCAUCCCUUGCCGGCGGGACCUAACACGCCGAAAGUUGGCAGGUGGUUCAAGGACACAGCAAUGCGUAUAGCAAAGGAUACCAAUCGUGUACUUGUUGCCGUGAACAACAUGAAAAAGUACGGCACUCCGGACGACCUGACGCGCUGGACAAGGGCCGCAGCAGAGGCAGCGGCUACAAAGAAGUGGGCCGAUGCCUUGCUGGCCAGCAAGAAAUAA